AUGGACAUACAUGGUGCUAUGAAUCCAGAUUUACGACAAUCUGCUCAAAUAUGGCGUUCAGGACUGCAAUUUCUAGUCGACGAAUUCAAGACUGAUGAAAUACCGCAUCAGAAACUUCAGCAACUUUUGGCAUCUGAUCCUGUUCAAUGUGUAGAAGAAUAUAUUUGUAACACGCAGGAUAUUCCGCCGGAGUAUGAUGGCUGUAUCAACAUCGAUCCGGCAAAAAUUCCGAAAGAGCAUUCUUGGUGGCCUUGA